AAGGAAAGUUCUGAAAUUGAACUCCAAUUGCUUUCUCAGCAACUCUUACUUCAUAGAAAAUAUAGGUAGGGGAAGUUGGCCAACGGUUAACUUCCUUAUGCACCUUCUGAGUCACUUGUAAUCAAAGCAAAGUUCAGUAGUUGAUUCUUGGUCACCGUCUGAAACUCAAACUUCACCUUCCUGACAUAUCCUUCAUACCAAUCACCCCCUUCUCUUGUUUCUCCCAAUCCUUCUUCUAUAUUAUAUACACUUCAGCUCCAUCACUUCUGCUUCAUAUUCACCUCCAUCUAUGAAACCCCCCCACUUGACUUUAUCACCCACCUCUAAGUUAAAAUCUUUAUGUUCAUUAUGCUAUUGCUGAAAGGUUCAUGUCCUUGAAGCCUUGGUUUGUAAUAUUAGUUUGAUUUUGUUGCCAAGUUUUUGAGCUGGUGGUGCAGACCCUGAAAAGCUGACAAGGUCCAAGGAGUUUUCCAAUUGGAGUCUUAAAUUUCAAUUUCUCAUGAUAUAAAAGCUGUUGCUUUUGUGGGGUUCAGAAAUAUUGGAGCUGAUUUCAAUUGUUAGACAAAUUCUGUUGCUGAAUCUUCUUCUCAUGUGCCUUCAAGAGAUGGUAUUUUAAAUUAAGCAUAGUGAAGUUUCUUGAAUGCUUCUUAUACCUUUAAAUUAUUCCUCUUAAACUUCAACUAAGUUGGCUCUCUCCAAUUCUUAAUGCUAUGUUCAGUAUUAAGAAUCAAAGAAGACUUGGUCUGUAGCACACGUUUUUCAAUUUUGGACUAAUUCUGAUCUGAAUAUAUAGGGGCAAAAAGGGGGUAUCCUCUAUUCAUGUUUUGGAAAGUUGUAAACUAGAAUUAAUUCCAAAAACUACAUUCCAAUGAGUUCUCCAUGUUCAUCAGAGUUCUUGGUCAAUUCAAGAAGCAUAGUAUCAUUUCCUUCAAACUCUUCAGCAGGAGAAGACAACAUGGCCAGUGAUCAAAACAGGCCUCCUCAUGCCUCCCCACCUUCAUUUUUGACUCGUGUGGCCAUGAGAAUAUCUAGAGCAAGAUGGUUCACCUUCUUAAGAAGAGUAUUCCAUUACCAAAAUGGACCAAGAUCUAAUCUUGGUUCUAACCCUUUCAAUUCUAGCACAUGGAUGAUGCUGGAGUUGAUUGCUUUGAUGGUUCAGGUCACUAGUACAACAUUCACUUUGGCCAUUUCAAAGAGCGAGAAGCCUAUUUGGCCUAUGAGGAUAUGGAUAGUAGGUUAUGAUAUUGGUUGUGUCCUUAAUCUGUUGCUACUUUAUGGCCGCUACCAUCAACUUUAUGUGACUCAAGGGGAUGCUCUUACCCUUUCUGAUAUGGAACAGCAGAGAAACAAUGAAGAAACCAGUGUGUACAGGAGCUCACAUUUGAUGGAUAAAUGCCGGAGUUCACUAGAGCUUUUUUUUGCAAUAUGGUUUGUGAUGGGCAAUGUUUGGGCUUUUGACUCACGUUUUGGUUCUUUUCAACAAGCUCCAAAACUCCAAGUGCUCUGCAUCAUCCUCCUUGUUUGGAAUGCAAUUUGCUACUCUUUCCCUUUUCUACUAUUUUUGCUAUUGUGCUGUUGUGUGCCACUAAUUAGCACCCUCCUUGGAUACAACAUGAACAUGGGUUCCUCUGCUAGAGGUGCUUCUGAUGAUCAAAUUUCACAACUUCCAAGUUGGAGAUAUAAAGUGCUUCAUACCAACAACUUAGACCAUGCCAAUGACUCAGAAAGCAGUCAAAGAUUGAUCAAUGAAGAUCCAGAAUGUUGCAUUUGCUUAGCCAAGUACAAAGACAAAGAAGAAGUUAGGCAAUUGCCCUGUUCCCAUAUGUUCCAUCUAAAAUGUGUGGAUCAAUGGUUAAGAAUUAUAUCUUGCUGCCCUCUUUGCAAACAAGGAUUGCAAAGGUAGCAAUAGCACAUGCCAGACAAUAGUCAAGAACAUUAAUCUUUAUA